AUGGUGGAGAUGGAGUGUACGGGAGUUCCCGGGGCUGAGGGAGUCCCAGGAGCAAACUGGGCGGCCAGUCGUGGUGGAAAGAGACUCAUAGCAAUAAUCUACGCCGUGGUUAGAGUGUGGAGAUGGUCGAGAGGAGAGGGACUGGACACGAUUCUGGAAAUCAAAAGCACGUCCAAACGUUCAUCAAAUCAUUUCUAUAUGUAUCUAUGGUCCACAGAAACCACAUGGAAGGGAGCAAUCGCACAUGAUCACAAGUGA